GAUCGCAAUCGUUUAUUGUUAUUUUAAUUUGUGUCUUUCUGAAAUGGGAGCUUUGACAAGCCGUCAGAAUGCAGGAGUGGAGGAGGUCGAUAUACCGUCUAAUUCUGUUUACAGAUACCCACCCAAAUCUGGAAGUUAUUUCGCUAGCCAUUUUAUAAUGGGAGGAGAGAAGUUUGAUUCGACUCAUCCUGAAGGCUACCUCUUUGGUGAAAACACAGACCUCAACUUCCUAGGCAACAGACCAGUAGUGUUUCCAUACAAUGCUCCUCCUCCUCAUGAGCCAGUCAAGACUCUCCGCAGUCUCAUCAACAUACGGAAAGACACUCUGCGGCUUGUCCGAUGUAGUGAAGACAUGAAGUUGCCUGGACAGGAAGUUGGGAAAAGCCACAGCUGCUACAACAUUGAGUUUACCUUUGAUGCCGACACACAAGUUGCCAUCACUAUAUACUACCAAGCCAUUGAAGAGUUUCACAAUGGUGUGCCAAUAUAUUUGCCGCAGGACAGCUCUCUGCAGUCAGAGACGGUGCAUUUCAAACGCGGCGUCUGCCAACAGUUCUGUCUGCCCUCUCAUUAUGUCAACUUAUCAGAGUGGGCAGAGGACGAGCUACUUUUUGACAUGGAUAAGGACAUCUAUCCGAUGGUUGUACAAGCAGUAGUGGAUGAGGGAGAUGAACACUUGGGACACUCACAUGUUCUUCUUGCAACCUUUGAGAAGCAUAUGGAUGGAAGUUACUGCGUGAAACCUCUAAAGCAGAAACAAGUGGUGGAUGGAGUCAGUUACCUGCUGCAAGAGAUCUACGGCAUAGAGAAUAAAUACAACAGUCAAGAAUCAAAGGUUGCUGAAGAUGAGAUUAGUGACAACAGCGCUGAAUGUGUGGUGUGUUUGUCGGACGUGCGGGACACACUGAUCCUGCCCUGCAGACACCUGUGCCUGUGCAACGCCUGUGCAGACACGCUGCGCUACCAGGCCAACUGUUGCCCCAUCUGUCGACUGCCAUUUCGUGCCCUUCUUCAAAUCCGAGCGAUGAGGAAAAAACUGAGCCCACUUACACCUACUGGAUUUAACCCUGUCAUCACCUCACAGACGUCAGAUUCAGAGGAGCACUCGGCGUCAGAGCACAUCCCACCAGGCUACGAAGCUGUGUCCCUGUUGGAGGCCUUGAAUGGGCCCCUGAACCCGUCGCCAUCUGCUCCUCCACUUCAGGGCCUCACCAGGGGCCAUGUUUCUGGAUCCGUGCCCACAUUUGGCAGUGAGAGCCACCACACGCCCGUGCGCUCCCUCUCUCCACUAGAUCAUUCUGUCAACCCCAACCAGACUGUGAAACACAAGAAAAGUGGCUCAAAAUCACUCUCCCAGAAUUCAUCAGUUCUGCCUGAGGAGGAGGAUGAGAAGUCAUGCAGCGAAUCUGAAGCGCAAACAUGCAGGAGAAAACUACAUGUAGAACAACAAGAGGUACAGUCUGGAGUGACUCCUGAAAGCGACAACCUCACCUUGUCAUCCUCGGGGGCCAUCGAUCAGUCCUGUAACGGGACGCCUCUCUCCUCCACGAUCACCUCCCCAGAGGAUCCAGUCAGCAGCAGCCUGGCUCAGUCAGUGAUGUCCAUGGCGUCGUCUCAUAGUCAGCACUCUCAGAUCAGCACAGACACUCUGUCCUCAAUGUCUGGAUCCUACAUGGCUGGAGCCGAGGGGGAGGAGGCUGCUGAGACCCCAGCCGAGAGCAGAGCACCUUCACAACAUGAGGGUGAGGAUAUCCCUAAUGAUGGAAAAGCGCAUAACUUUGUGGCUGCCAUUCUUGAAGAACAGGAUUCAGAGGGAAAUGAUGUGACUGAGGAAGAUUGCGCAUCUCCCACCAAAGAACAUGGUGGGCGCAGGAGGAGCGAGGCGCCUUGUCCAGAGUUUGACAAUAACAAUCAGGGGCAGUCUGACACCCACUGUAUGACAGGCCUGGACAAUGAGCAGCCUCCUGACGGCCGAUUCGCUGGUCUGUUAUACCUCGAUGUCUAUCGGCAUGGACGGGAUCCUUUGACUCACCACGCGUCCACGAGCAACAUCAAUCUGGAGGAGCAAGGGGUCACCAAUGAGGCAGCAAACCCCAAAAAUAAAUCUAAUCGUGGACCCUUAGUUGUGUGAAAUCUUCAGACCUUCCCCAAUCAUAUGAAGAGUUUCUCUUUCUUCAAACCCAAAAUCGUGCCCACACCAAUUUACUCAUGGAUCGCAUCCUAAAAGCAAAACAGAGAGGAUUGAUUGCGUGGUUUCCUUUCUCCAUUGUGUUAGAUGUCAUGUUUUAGUGCUCUUUUGGUGUUCACGCCAACGCUCCACCCCCUCAUGUGUGCAAAUGAAGGGAUGACUCAAACAAGCUCUCCUGAUGAAAGCCUGCAAAAUGAGGACACGUUAAAACUUCAGCAUUUGAUCCAAACAUUGCUUCUCUCAAGGAGAGCAUUUCAUUUCAAGCCUGUGCAAAAUGCGUUCUGACAGUUCGGCAAGCACUUUUAACUCCUUUAAAUUUAUCCUCAAAUCCUGCUGAUCUGAUUCAACAUCCCUUGGUAUUUUUCUCAGAAACGUCACUGAGCAUUUGUAUGACUAUUUCAACUUGUACUCCUCGAUUUAUACCCACAGUACCUAAGACAGGUGUUUCAAAAGAAUACAGAGGGAGGAAUUUUCAGAAUUGUCGGUUAUAAACACAAGAGCAAUACCGCAUAUUUGCUCACAGUUCUGCCCUUGUCAGUUUGCUGCAGCUCAUUUGGAGCUUCACGUACAGCCCUGCAUGUUACAAAGACACAAAGCUACUGAGCUGCCUAACCACGUCUGGCCACGGAGACGCUACUGAACUGCUUACUACCGAGCAUUUAUAGAAAAUUGAGAUUUCUGGGAAAAUUCGCAUUAGUGGUUGUGCCUCAGAUCGCUACUGUUGAUGGUAUGUGCUACUGUUAAGCUUUUCGUGCGUUGUUCAAAAGAUAUGUCUAUGGUACAAUCUUGCAUAUGCCUAUAUCUGAUAGUUAGUCGGUUCGUACCCAAGGCUUGAAGUAAAGCUGAAGCAGCUCUUCAGAAGUGCGUUGUUGGACUCGUAUAUGGCAGGUCUGAUUUUCUGUUAUGUAUUCCUUUUUAAAAAUUGUUGCACUUUUCUAUGAGGUCCAGAAAGUGUUUAUUAGCAGUCGUUAUACGGAGAAAAUGAUGGAAAGAUUUUUGAAACAUGUGCCACAAACUUGAAAAAACAAAACAAUCAAACUGUCAGUUUCUCAUCAGUUCUGCCAAACCGAAUCAUAGUGUCUAAACUUGCUCUUUGUUGCACCAAUGGUACAAUAUUGGAUAUUUUAUUUAAAGAAAAUCUAUUUCUGAUCUUUGGGUUUUCUUUGAAACUACUUAAAAGGAUAGUUCACCACAAAAAUAAAUAAAAUUAAUAAUCUCAUUAGAGAUGUCCUGAUCAGGUUUUUUGCCCUCAAGUCCGGGACAUUUGAUUUUGAGUAUCUACUUAUACCUAAACUUGAUCCGAUACUUCUAUAAUACAUAAAUAAGAAUAGAGCGAACAACCAGAUCCAGGAUGUUCCUAAUUUUUCAUUUAAUUCACCUUAUUUUAACAUUCAAUCACUCUGUUAACAAACAGAGCACUUUUGUGAGGUAGCUUGAACAGUAAUAAAUAACAUCAAUUCUUCACUUUUGCAAUUUAGUGCAACAGUAAAUAUAAAUAAAAUCUAAUAUAAAAACAAACAGCACCUCAUCUUAAAAUACCCAACAGGCAAUCCCAAGUUUUACAUGUCUCACAGUUUGCUGUGGCAAUGUUGUCAUUGAAAAAAAGCAGACGUACUUGAACUUUUUGCUUCAAGUUGCUUGCGUGUUCUAUUUUACCGUCAUUUAAUUAAUAGGGUAUCUGCAACAAAGUGAUGUCAAUGCGCACGUGUUGCUGUGUCUGUGUGAAGUCAAGAAAGAGGUCUAACUCUUUGCCACCGCAUAACUAUAGAUGUGAGAAAAAACUAUGAGAAUUUGUAUAUAUAUAUUCGAGUCCUGAUCAGGAGGUAACAUCUGAUUCCGAUCGAGUCUGCUUUCUGAUCACGUGAUCGGAUCUGGACAUCCCUAAAUCUCCUUAUUAUUCUAAAAUGACUUUGGACUCCAUUAGGGUCAUAAGUGAACAUUUACAUUUACGGGCAAUAUUUGCCCCCUAUGUGCCCCACUUAACGUGUCACUUUGAAUUUGUGGAGCAUUUAGUUUAUUUUGGAAACAUUUUUGCCCCCAAAAUUUUGUUUCCCAUUAUCCUAAUUUGUGCAUAAUUUGUUCACUUUUUUGGCACUUUUGCCUCCGAAUGUGAGAAAUUGAGUUAAUUUUGGAUGCAUUAUUACCUCAAGCGUUUACUUUUUUCACUGUAACGCAAAUAUAUUAGGCAUUUAUUACAUUAUUGUGACAUUUUUGUCUCUAUUUCUUGAAUUUGUGGGGAAUUUAAUCUAUUAUGGUGGCAUAUUUUGCCACAAGCACCUAUUACUUUUUUUGCCCCAAUCUUGAAUUUGUGGGACAUGUAGUUCAUUUUGCACAAGCCCCUGUAAAUUUCCAUCCAACCAGAGGUGGACUGGGACAGUAUUUUUGCCAGUAUCUUUGUUACUGAACUAUUCCUGGGGGGAUGGUGGUUUGAGUGAUCAGUAAAUAAAGAGUGAGGGGAAGCGAUCAGUAAGUGUUUUUUUUGAGGGGGUUUAGUGGGUGGGGGUGUCAGGCCAGAUUCUCUGUGGCAGGACAGACCAUCAGGCCACUGGAAAGUGUCCCGGUGCUCCCUAUGGCCAGUCCGCCUCUGUAUCCAACUGACUAUAAAGAUUAUUCUCAAAUGAUUUUUUGGUCUUCCUCAGAAGAAAAAAGUCAAAUGUUUGGAACGACUUGAUGGUAAAUGAAUGAAAAGAAUGUAAAAUAUUUUGGGUGAACUAUCCAAUGCUCCCAUCUGAGCACGUUUUCAUGACUCAUUAGCAUUUGUCUGGAUGAUCUGAAAAGAAAAAAGGAUUCACAGUACAAUCAAAUAGUGAUUUUCUCUCUUUUAAAAAUGUCUAUUGUACUUUGAGAACCAACAAAGCUUUUCCUUUGUGUGGAAAAUGUUUAUUUUGUAUUUUUUUAUGUUAGCUUAGCUCUUGUUAGCGUUGUAAUAGUCUGUUCGACGUGUUGUUUACUGUAGUAUAUGAACGGUGUGACAUUUCUCCAAAUGAGAUUGUAUACAUUACACAUGCACUAGUAGAUUUUCCCUCGACAGCAGAUAUGCGGUGCAUGUGGUAAGCGCAUGGUAGAUGCAGUCAGAAAAUAGAAGUCCUCCACUUUUACAUUUGCACUAUAUGUCAAGCCCUUCCACACUGAACUUAUACAGCCUGUAAGCAACAGGUACCAAAUCACAAGACAAGCAAUACAGCACGUUGUUGUCUGGAGGCAAUACAGAUGGCCAUGCACUGAAUGUUUUACAGCAGAAUGUCAUUUUACCUGCAGAGAGAGACAGCUGUGGUGUAACAUACACAGAGCAUGGAUCAAUUCAAGGGUUUUCUCCAGUUUUGUUAUCUGUAUUGCUUUUGUGAUUCUUCCUCUGUCUGCAGCAGGAGUGACUCGAAACUACACCUACUUGAGGAAUGGGUUGCAUCAAUUCACUUUUGUAGAAUGAAGAUUACAAAAUGUCAAAACCACAAUAAACUUUUUUCUUAAAAAUAA